AUGGCAUCUUACAAUGCCAUGUCAGAGGACCAGUUCCCAUGCUCCAUCUGUCUUAGUGUUUUCACCGACCCGGCCACAAUCCGUAGUGGAGACCGCGGUCUGUGCUGUGUGUAAUACGAUCUUCAUACCUACCCCCACCAUCCAGGUCAACAGUCUUGAGAGACCUUGUGGAAAGCUUCAAGGGGGCGAGUGAAAGUGGCGGCGCGGCCGUCGACAGACCCACCGUGGCUCCGGGAGAGGUCUCGUGUGACGCAUGCUUAGGAGACGGGAUAACCAAGGCUGUCAAGACCUGCCUCGUGUGUUUGUCAUCGUACUGCCUGGAGCAUGAAAUGGUUCACAAUGCCCGGUUCUCCAGGCACGAGCUGGUCAGGCCCCUGGCUAACCUGGAGGAGAGGAUGUGUCCGAACCACGAGAGGCUCCUGGAGCGUUACCGCCGCACCGACAAGACCAUGCUGUGUGGGGUGUGUGACGCUCACCAUGAGCCGGCCCACCAAGUUGUGUAGAUGCAGGUAGAGUUCUUGGCUCAAAAGGUAAGAAUGAGUUUUAGAGCAAUGGUUCCUCAAUCGAGGGUUGGAUUCACUAGGCAACAAAUGGAAGCAAACUGAGAGGGACUACCUGAGCUUGUCCAAUAAAUGCUUGUUUCCGUUGUGAAAUGUUAUGCUAUGACCCUGGUCUUUUACUUGUAUUCAUUAAGGCACACAUAACAAAACAUUUUGAAACAGAACAUUGCUCCGGUAGUCCCUCAUGGGUUUCAUCCAUUUUUGGGGGUUUCUUUAGUUUGGUGCCUAAUGAAUAGGGACUGGGUGUGUGUGUUUUUUGUUCCAUCCCGGCACUAAUGCUAACACUUAUGGUCUUCACUUCAGGCUCAGCUGACAAAAGCCCAAGCAGGGGUAAAGGAGAAGCUGAAGGCCACUCGGAAAGAGGCAGAACAUUUCUACUCUUCAUUCAACACUGCAAGGUGAGUUUUCUUAAUUUGAAUUGGCUAUAGUCACACCCGCUGUGAUUUUGCACUCUUUUGCCAUAGCAUUCAAUUGUAGAACAUGCCAAGGAACCUCACAUGGGGUUACAAAGACUCCAGGACAGUUUUCCCUAUGCACUUGGGUUAGUCACUGUUUCAGAGCGUUUUCUUCCAUUGUUAUGCCUACUGAAAAUGACCCUGGACUGAAGAUAACCCAUGUUGACUUGGAACCGGUUCCAUCUGAUAGAGCUGAAAUUGUCUAUCUAUUGUACUUCUAUCUGCAACUUUCAGAACGUAUCACAUCACUGAAAACCCCUCCUACCUCUGUUUCGUCUACCUGCCCCCUUGCAGGAUGCAGCGGAGAGCGAGAUCCGAUGUGUGAAUGUGUUCCACCUAGCCCUGGUCAGCAAGGUGGGGCUGAUCUGUGAUCGCUACAACACCGAGGCCCAUAGGAUGGUGGACGAGAUGCAGAGCACCACCUUCCGUCGGAGCCGUGCGCUUGAAGAUGACAGAACAGCUCUGACAAGCAGAGGUGCUGAGCUGGAGCGGCUGAUUGGCUCCUCAGACUCCUUUGAGCUUCUUAAUGUGAGUAAUUGGGCACGUUCAACAUUGCAGCAGACUUGAGUCGAGGGUGACUGAUCUGCAAAUCACCUUGCAUACAUAACUACUCAAUGUUAUUUGUAGAUUAGUCACAAUUUACCCAUGAAGCAUUAUGGUUUUGAUUUUCUCGAACAUGGCCAUUGGCUGUGCCCUGAAUCUCUUCUCUCGACGUGUUCACUUGUCUUACACUCUCCAAGUCAUGGAUGUAACUAUGGUGGAAACUCCCUACAGCCAAUUAUGACAAUAAUCUAAUGCUUUUAGAUCCAAGAUGGUUGCAAGUGUGGAGAAUCUAAACUCUGCCAUCAUUGCAGGUCAACGUUCUUGUAUGUUCAACCCCAUUUAUUCCAUCUCUCUUUUGCUCCUUCUCCUUUCAGAUUUUUCCCUCUCUCCCUUCUGCUCCUCCAGAUGGGGUCAGAGGACCAUGCAGCAUCAACAUCCCCCCGGACCUACUGGGAAACCUUCUGAAGACCUUAAUGAAAGACAUGGCCAAGAUGGACUACUUGUCUACAAACUGCAAUGCUGUCCCAGGUCUCUAUUCACAAUGUCAGAUGUAGUCAGUUUCAGCUUUUGACAUGUAUGACUGCGUUUACACAGGCAGUUCAAAUCUGUUGCCAAUUUAUUGGCAAAGAUAUGGGUCACGUUCCUCUGCUCAGGCUUUGCAUGCAUGAACCAAUGGUUGCUGGACUGUGCCAUCGGGCACCAGAUUGCUAUAACGUGGAUUCUGUCCUAUGUAGCAAAUGGUGUGAAAUUGUGUUUUUUACAUUGGAUAAAAGUAGAGACUCUGAGCUAGAAAAUUGUAUAUCAUACACUGCAGUUGAGGAACAAUGGGGAAAGUAAUUUUGCUUUUGAAAGCUGAUGAACUUGUAACCCCACUUUUGAGAAAAUGGCCCGUGAAUGUUUUGGUACACCUACUGGAGAGCUCUUCUUUGUCUACACCCAUUCAGCAUCGUUCACACCCUCUUAAGCCUUAGCCCCAGCCAUCUCUUUAAGGAUUCACAUGUGAGGCCAUGUGCUAAACAGAGUGAAUACUGUAAUGUAGUAAACAACCAAAGAUUUUAAGACUGAAAGUAGUGGCCUACAAUAAGGGAAAACUCCAGGUAAAAAUACACUUCUAGUCCUUGGCCUAUAUCCUAAUCUGACUUUGGUGCAGGUCGUGUUCUUCACAUUACAGUCUGUUAAACACACUAUAUCAAAUGAAAUCAAAAGUUUAAUUGUCACAUGCACAGGAUACAGAAAGUGUAAACGGUACAGUGAAAUGGUUACUUGCAUAGUGGAGUCUUUUGUUUAGACAUGUAGCUAGCUAAACAUUGAACCAUAACCCAAACUCAGAAUACCAGGCAGGUAGCAAAAGCUAACCAACUAGGUCCAAUGUUAGCUACCUAGCUAUCAUUAGUUAUAGCCUAGCAAUGCAAAUGCUUUUCUGAGAUAUGAAUGAUAUUACUACAGAGAUCAUACACUUAACGUUAGCUAGCGAGCCAGCCAGCUAACGUUAGCUAGCUAACAGUAUGGAGACAAGUGUUAUUUUUAUUUUUUUAUACAACCGCCUCCUGUGUUCUCGUUUCGAGACUCUCCGCAUUAGGGAAUUAUUUAUCUGCUUCCACCGGGCAUUCCACUGAUUUCAAAACUCUAUCGACUUCUUCCGUGACAACAUUGUUGAUCACCGUUUCUUCUGAUGACCGUGAUGGGGGAAGACUCUACAAUGUCUGGUUCAAUGGAAAUGUUUUAACCUAAAUCAGGGAUUCCUUAAUCUUCUGAUUCAUUUUCAGAGUCUGAGAGAUUCAGCAUGGCACGAUUGUCCACCAGAAAGUAGUCCAUCACAACUUUUCCCACUGAUCUUUGUCGAUAGUGCUAUGAACUUCAGGUCAGCAACGCAACACUUUUUCAGAUCUUCAUGAUAUCCUUCAAAAAAAGCUGCUGCUAAUCCACACAUGCUGAGCAGCUCAUGUUAUAGACCGACGCAUGCUACAUGGCAGACCAAUCCAAACUCCUCUUUCGGCAUGUCCAGCCAAUCACGGCUAGUGGGAAGGUUCCUGUAUUUUUUCGUAAUUUAUUUGUAUUUAAAGAUCACAUACAAGUUUGUUAUUAAGGCACAUGUUCCAGAAGGCAUGUCUGCCAUAACGAAUUUUGAUUGAAAAAAUAAUGUAAAAAAAUCAAAUGCCUCUCCUCCUGAAGUAGUGCCGUGCGACAUACAGUGGGGAAAAAAAAGUAUUUAGUCAGCCACCAAUUGUGCAAGUUCUCCCACUUAAAAAGAUGAGAGAGGCCUGUAAUUUGCAUCAUAGGUACACGUCAACUAUGACAGACAAAAUGAGGAAAAAAAUUCCAGAAAAUCACAUUGUAGGAUUUUUUAUGAAUUUAUUAGCAAAUUAUGGUGGAAAAUAAGUAUUUGGUCAAUAACAAAAGUUUCUCAAUACUUUGUUAUAUACCCUUUGUUGGCAAUGACACAGGUCAAAGUACUAACCCUUCCCUCGUUCGAACACACACACACACACACACACACGAGAUGCCCACAUCAAAGCAAGCCUCCAAAACAGAAAUCUUGUUCUGUCGCAUUUCCUAAUGAGAGGAAUUGAAACAGGCUAAAUCAGGAAUCAUAUCUAUGCCUUUUAAAUUAAAGUCAAAUUUAAUUCAAUUUUAUUUAUCCCAGAGGGGCAAAUAUUUUCAAUUACAAUUUGUUUACUUUAAGUAACUAUUAUUACAUUUAUUUUAAACUUGGGGUGGGUGUAUACUUCGAUGGGCGGGAGCGACGCGUGUCAUUCUACGAUGUGAAUCUCGGUCAUCAUCUCUACACGUACGACCAUGUGCCAGCCAAUCAAAGACUCUUCCCCGUCUUCAGCCCUGGAGACAACCACAUCAUGAUUGUUACACCCCUCACUGACACAAACCACCUGUGUGGACGAUGA